AUGUCGAACCGCUUGGGCCUGAUUCCAACCUCGGACCUCACCGAGGAUCAAAGAUCACUGCACGACGACUUCACCCAAUCCAUCCAAGCGCGUUACCACUCCCCGUCGCGGUCGCCGCGGCUGAUUCUCGACGACGGCACCCUGAUUGGACCAUACGGAAUCCUGCUCCAUCAUCCUGAAGUGGCGCGGCCGUUCCAGGCCAUCGUUAGAGCCCUGCAGACGAUCCCCGGCCUGUCUCUGUAUGGCCGCGAAGUUGCGAUUGCGGUGGUGGGGUCGCGCACGCAGGCCGCCUAUGAAAAUUACGCGCACCAUAUCAUCGCCACUCAACGGGCCGGGAUCACCGAGGCCGAAUUACAAGAGAUCAACACAGGCAGAUGUCCCGGCACGUUGACAGAUGAAGGGAAAACCGUUUUCGAGCUGGCGACCGCUCUGGGCAAGCCGGGGCCUCUCGACCAAACGAUUUACGACAAGGCGGUGCAGGUGUUGGGCAAGGACGGCGCAGCAGCCGUCAUCCAUUAUACGGGAUUUUAUAGCUAUGUCAGCGUGAUCCUCAACGGGUUCGAUGCCAAGGUACCUGAGGAUGCUCGAGGCUGA